AUGCACACGGACCCGGGAGAGGCGAAGCUGAGGACGACUGUGCGGGGCGGGGGGAAUGGAGGGGGUGGGGACAGCGCGACCACCUGGGAAUGGGAAAUGGCCCUCAGGGUGGCAGGGGCGGCGCGACCCGCCUGCUGCGCACAGCUCAACCCAAGACCGCAGGCGCCGCGGAUUCCGCGUGGGGGUGGCUCCUGCACCUGCACCAGCUCCUGCAAAUGCAAAGAGUGCAAAUGCACCUCCUGCAAGACGAGCUGCUGCUCCUGCUGCCCCGUGGGCUGUGCCAAGUGUGCCCAGGGAUGUGUUUGCAAAGGGACACUGACAAGUGCAGCUGCUGCUCCUGAUGUAGGGAAAGCUCUGUUCCCAGAAGUAGAAAGUGUACAAACCUGGAAUUGUUUUCCAUACAACCCUGACCCAUUAGUACAUUUGGGUUUUUAAAAAUAAAAUAUGUUAAUGAUAAUAAAAGUUGACUUUA